AAACGACUGUCAUUUGCUAGUGUUUUGUUAGCAAUUUACGUGUUUAUUUUGUAAAUUGUAAUUUUAAGUUUUCUUCGAUACGUGAAUAGUCAUUUAUGUUUAGCUAUUAAUUCAGACUGUGACAAUGUUAAACAUACAAAGUUAUGGAAGCAGCUCGGAGGAUGAAGGCGAGUCUGACCCUAAGACUAGCGAACACAGCAAUGAAACGUUGUUGACGCAUUUAAAACCUGUUGAUCCUAGUUUAUCCGUAGCUAAAACAAUGCAAAUAUGUGCUGCGCCUGUCGUGAUGCCCACUAAUAAUGAUGACACAAGAAUCCUAGUAGCGAAUAAUCAAGAACUGAUGCACAACCCUAAAUAUGAAGAGUUAUUUGCGCCUACAUAUGGUCCAGAAAACCCUUUUCAAACGCAACAGAUGAAGGCGAAUAGAAAUAUAUUGUCUGGAUACGUGGAGAAGGCUCACAUUAGUGAUUUUCAAUUUGAGAACCAAAGACGGACAUUUACAAGUUACGGUUAUGCUGUAGAUCCAUCCACAGAUGUUGAUAGCGGGAAUGGUGAUGCUAUUGUUUUAUCAGCGAUGGUGGCGCCACCUGAAGAAUCGGAAGGCAAGUCAGUUUUCGAGAACAUAAAGAAAAGACCGCUUGACAAAAAGAAACGGAACAAAAAUGAUAAUCCCGAAGAUGUUGGUGGUUUCCUUGGCCCUUGGGGAGGGUAUGAGGGAGAAAAGAGAGUUAUGAAGCCGGAAGGCGAGGAGGCGAAGGAACUGGAGGAGAUAUUAGCCAAAAGACAAAAGAAAGGGAAAGUUGACGACGACAAACCGCUGGAGGAGAAAUCUAUAUUCCACAUUGACAAGGCGACGGACUACCAGGGCCGCUCGUGGAUCGCCCCGCCUCGCAGCGAGACCCAGCUGCGGAGCGACGCGCCGCCAGACAAGUGCUUUCUGCCAAAGGCGCACAUUCACACGUGGAAGGGGCACACAAAGGGCAUCGCCACAGUGCGGUGGUACCCCGGCACGGCGCAUCUCAUGCUGUCCGCCGGAAUGGAUUGUAGGGUUAAGAUAUGGGAGGUGUAUGGCGAGCGCCGCUGCGUGAGAACAUAUUUCGGCCACCGGCAAGCGGUUAGAGACGUCAACUUCAACAACACGGGCACGCAGUUCUUGUCCGCCGCCUACGACCGUUACAUCAAACUGUGGGACACAGAGACCGGUGAAUGUAUAUCGCGGUUCACGUCGCGAAAAGUGCCAUACUGUGCUAAAUUCAACCCGGACGAGGACAAACAACAUUUGUUCGUAGCCGGCACAUCGGAUAAGAAGAUUAUAUGUUGGGACAUCCGCAGCGGUGAAAUAGUACAAGAAUACGACCGCCAUCUUGGCGCCGUCAACACCAUCACUUUCGUUGAUGAGAACAGGAGAUUCGUCACCACUUCGGAUGACAAGAGUUUGAGGGUGUGGGAGUGGGACAUACCCGUAGACAUGAAAUACAUAGCGGAUCCCACGAUGCAUUCUCUGCCGGCGGUGACAGUGUCUCCGAACGGAAAAUGGCUGGCAUGCCAAUCAAUGGACAACAAAGUGAUAGUGUUCAGCGCUUUGAAUAGAUUCAAGAUGAACAGAAAGAAGACAUUCACCGGUCACAUGGUGGCCGGUUACGCUUGCUCGGUGGAUUACUCGCCGGAUAUGAGUUAUCUGGUUUCGGGCGACGCAGACGGCAAAUGCUACAUCUGGGAUUGGAAGACGACGAAACUGUACAAGAAAUGGAAAGCGCACGACGGAGUCUGCAUCACCUCUCUCUGGCACCCCCACGAACCCAGCAAACUGCUCACCGCGGGUUGGGACGGCGUCAUAAAGUACUGGGACUGAAUAAAACCAUAGAAUCAUU